AAGUCUAUCACCUUCAAGCUUACAAGAAACAAAAUUAAAGCAGCAUCGAGCUUUAAUUAAUUAGAAGAUUAAUUAUCUAGCUAAUUAUGGCUUUGGCCCUGAAGUUGCUUGUGAUUACCAUUGCCAUAUUAGCUUUGACAUCUUCACCUAGCACUGCCUCAGACCCAAGUCCCUUGCAGGAUUUCUGUGUUGCUGUUAAUGACUCUAAAGCAACUGUUUUCGUGAAUGGAAAAGUUUGCAAGGAUCCAAAACUUGUCACUGCUGAUGACUUCUUCAGACCAGGCCUAAACAAGCCUGGAAAUACGUCAAAUCAACUUGGAUCAAUUGUUACUGCUGUCAACGUCAACAAUUUACCUGGACUUAACACUCUAGGCAUUUCCUUAGCUCGUAUUGAUUUUGCACGACGUGGUCUCAAUCCACCUCAUACACAUCCUAGAGGAACUGAGGUUCUUGUUGUUCUUAAGGGAAGACUUUAUGUUGGUUUCGUCCUUUCUAACCCUGGCCCAAAUAUGAAGAACAGGUUACUCACCAAGAUUUUGAACCCUGGCGAUGUCUUUGUUUUUCCUGAGGGACUAAUUCAUUUUCAACUUAAUGUGGGAAAGACUAAUGCCAUUGCAUUCGCUGGUCUGAGCAGCCAAAAUCCAGGAGUUAUCACUAUUGCCAAUGCAGUAUUUGGCUCAGACCCGCCAAUUAAUGACGAUGUCCUCGCUAAAGCAUUCCAAGUUGACAAGAAACUGAUUGAUCAUCUUCAAGAACAGUUUUGGUGGGAUAAUAACUAAGAGUAUAAUCCAACUACUCAUGUUUGUUUCUUGAAAAAUAUUUACCAUUUAAUGAUAUUCUAAUUAUAUGUUACGAAAAUAUAGUAUAUGAUGUAUUGACUAAAGAUUGAAAAUCUAGUCUUUUGGACUGAUUUUCAUUCACCUAUAAGGGUUGAUUGAUGUAUUGAAUAAAGAUUGGUUAAUGGAAUUAAAUAUAGUGUACUUCAAUAUUUGAA